AUGGCUCACUCCAUCCUCCCUCACACUCAUGAGAACGGCUUCCGCCAACCAGCAGAAGAUCCUCACUGGACGCUCCCAGAGUACCCCACAGACGAGACAGGCGAUGCCGCCGGACCGCAGUACGAGGUCCCGCCCUCAGUCGAAAUCCUCACGUCUACCAGCCAUAAUGGUCUGGGGUUCAAUGUCCUUCGCGUGUGGCCGACGCUUCAUGAUGGCACCGCCUCGCCGCACGGGGUACCUGCUUGGUGGAACCCGCCGGAUAAGGUCGAUGUCUUGAUUUGUGGAGCUGGACCCAGUGGACUGGAAGUCGCGUUGAGCUGUCUUCGACAGGGUCUUUCAUUUCGGAUUAUCGACAAGAACACCUCUCCUCUGACAGCUGGCCGUGCCGACGGCGUCCAACCCCGCUUCCUCGAGACCCUGUCAACAUGGGGCCUCGCCACGGAAGUGCACGAAGAAGGUCCCCUGAUCGAACGCACCGCCAUCUAUCACAAUGGCCAGCUCCUCCACCACGGCCGCUCGCACCAGUCUGAGUCCCGCUACCGCGGCCUGCACAUCAUCACGCAGGGCCAGAUUGAGCGGAUCUUUGUGCGUGAUCUCCUGCGGCAUAAGGUGCUCGUAGAGCGCGCCACUACGCUGAAGGAGUACACUGUGGAUGACCCCUCUCCUUAUCCAAUUCACUGCAUGUUAGCGGAUGAAGAAGGGAGGGAGACGGAGGUGCAGGCGAAGUUCCUGAUCGGGAGCGAUGGGGCAUCGAGUGCAAUUCGGCAGAAGCUGCAGAUUCCGUUCGAUGGCAUCAGUACGGAUAUCUACUGGGGUAUCAUGGACUGUGUGUUUGAGACGGAUUAUCCGCAUGCGUGGAUCUUUGGGUCGGUCAUCAGUACGGAGCAUGGCGGGUGUGUGAUUAUCCCGAGAGAGAAUGGGUAUAUUCGGCUGUAUACCCAGUUGGACAUUUCUCAAACGGGAUCCCUGGCGGCCUCCCGACAAGCAAGCGACCCCUCCUUCGCGGAGUCCGGUGGCCAGGUGGACGUUCACUCGAUCACUCCCGAAGAAGUCCUAGAGCAGGCGAAUCGCAUCUUCGCUCCGUAUAAACUGUCCUUUGCGGCGCCGCUAAGUUGGUUUGCUGUGUGGAAGAUCAGCGAGCGCGUCGCUCGAUCUUUCUCCUCCGAUGACCAACGCAUCCAUUUAGUCGGAGAUGCUGCACACGUCCACAGCGUCAUGGGCGCCUUCGGCCUCAACGCCUCCAUCCUGGACGCCGCCAACAUCGGUUGGAAACUGGGCCUCUGCGCUAAAGGCAAGGCCGACCCCAGCAAGCUCCUCCCCACCUACGACCGCGAGCGCCGUCUCCACGCCGCCAACAUCAUCGAAAUCUCCGGCAAGUAUCUGCGCCUUGUCUGCAGCUCGCAAGUCCCAACCGCACGUCUGCACUACCUCGGUGCAGACCUGGGUAUCGAGGAAUUAGAGACACAUAAGGCGAAUGGGGUGAAUAGGGUGCAUGAUGCCGUGCGUAAACCGCCUGCGUCGUCCAGCGAGGCCAUCUCAAUCGAGUCGGAUCCUAAGGACCAGCAGAAUGGCACCGCAGCGUUUACGCGUGACGAGGCGAAGGCUUUCCUGUUCGAUUUUUUCACACGUCAUGGUCAGUUUCUUCUCGGGGUGGAUGCGGCGUACGGCAUCAGCUGCUUGAAUCCUUGCAUGAACCUCACCAAUGACGUGGAUGGGGCUCAGCGGGCCCCGCCAGUGAAGGUGAAGAAUGGGAUGCGGGCGCCGAAUCCCCGCCUGUGUAUUGAUGAUAGCCACAUGGGGUAUCUGUAUGACAAACUACCUGGGGAUGGUCGAUUUCAUCUGGUCGUAUUUGGGUCGAAUCUUCUCGGCCCGGUCCGGCAGCAUCUGAAGAUCUUUUCAGAAGAAAUAUCGUCGGGGAAGGCUACUAGUGAGUUUUACGCGCGGUUUGGCGGUCCAGAUACGUUCAACAUCGUCCUCGUAGCCAAGGGCAUGCCGUUUGAGAUUAAGGAGAGUUUAUCAGUUGAUGAGGAUCUGGCCGCACUGCGGGAUAAGGCCAUUGUGUUGGCGGAUGACCGCGCGCCUGACGAGGACGCGCAUAGUACCUGGGGUGUCAACCAUCGCACAGGAGCGGUUGUAGUAAUUCGACCGGAUCUGUGGGUUGGGAUCAGUGCUACACCGGGCGACGCUGAGAAAUUGGGAUCUUACUUCUCGACAUUUUUACUAGCAUAG